AUGAAAAAUCAUGAAGCUCGUCCCACUGGAUCUGCUCCAUUCCCUGAAGCGAAUGUUGUAGCAGCAUAUGAUCAGCCUGAAAUAAGGCAAAAUUAUUAUCGCGGUCGUGGUCGAGGCCAUGGCCGUGGACGUGGACGAGGAUAUGGCAGAGGAAGAAAUCAUAAUGAUGGAAAUAAACAAGAGAAUAAUAAAGGUUCUCAAAAUAAUCCUUCAAAGGGUAAAGCUAAUAUUUGUCACCGAUACGGCAUGAAAGGUCAUUGGGCACGUGCUUGUCGUCCAUCAUAUACACAUGAUGAUGUUAAGGCAAAUCUUGCUUACAAUGAUGAUGAUUUUAAGGUCCUUUCAAAUAUUACCCAUUUGAAAGCUGAAGAUUUUUAUGAGGACGUUGAUUGA